UGCGUGUAUGUAUGUGCACGAUAAAAGCUGUGCCAAAAAAGUGUAAAGGCAAAUGGCGGCGAUGAACAAUUCAAAAAAUUAUAUCUCGUAUCGUAUUAUGCGUCAAUCAUGUUAGAAAAGCAGAGAAUUCUUCAAAAUCAAUAAAUGAAUAAACAAGAAGGAGAAGAAGAAGAAGACAUUCCAAUAUUUCGUUCCUCUCGAUCUGUAGUACAACCUUCGCGGUAUUCACGAGCAUCGUUGAAAACUGCAUUGCACGAACCUCCCGACGGUUAUGAAGUCAAGGAGCCAUUACCAUCUCCAAGUCCUCUAAUAAAAAGUGAACCACUUGAAAAGGAGAACUCAGCGGUUUCCGAAUUAAAGGAGUCAUUACCAUCUCCAGUUGCUAUAAUAAAAAGUGAACCGCUUGAAAAGAAGGGAUCAGUGGCUCCAGCUUCUAGUAUUAAACCGGCAAAGUUAUCCGAGAAGAAAGGUUCCAAAGCACGCUCUAUUAAGCUAAACGAACAAUCAACACAAUCGCAAACAGAUGAAGUACCGCAACCAGCAAAAUCUCAGACAAAUAUUGUAAACUUUCGCUUUGAUAAAAAUGUAAAAAGAUUUUCUUUUAAAAAGUUACUUCCCUCUUAUUGGUUGGGUAGCACAUAUAACAAGAGAGAUUCAUCGUCUGCCAAACCACAACCAAUUCCUGUAAAGAAAGAAUUAAAAUCUCCACCCGAAGAAGAAAUUCCUCUUAAAAAAUAUUCAUUUCGAAGAUUUAUCCGCAGAGGCUCUGCUCGACCUUCCUGAACAUCAUUUAAAGCCAGCUAGGAUGUGAUCACAACUUCGCUUAGUCCAGUAUCAACAGAAAAUCGCAAAAGUGACGAGUAAAGCCUUUGAAGAGAAGACAACAAUAGCUAAAGCAUCCCCAAAGGGGAAGUUUC